CAUCACCAAUGAAUUUAUGAAUGUGAAAUCUUGAACUACAUUUUCCGAGAGACAUGCUAUACCGAUUGUUCUUCCAAUGGAAAAGAAACGAGACAAAAAUGUAAUUUGUUCGUACCGUGCGGGUCUCUUCACGCUUCACGUUUCUUUUUUCUGCUUUGAUCACAAGAACGUAUCUCAAUUUAAUACAAUUAGUCAAAUCGAAAUAAAAAUGCAGUUAAGCCAUUUAUAUGAAGUGACAAGCAUAACAAAUGGAAGAAUCAGUCAUGCAAUUGUUGUUAUUUACAGAAAAGGUACAAUUUUUCAUCAGUGCUUGCUCUCUCAUGUUAUACCGACGAAAUACGCUUAAGUAAAUCAAGUAAUUUUCACAAUUAGUCUGGCAACUGAUUCAAAUUUAUGUGUAAUGUAACACGAUAACAAAAUGGUACGCCAACCAAUGCAGCCAUCCAUUUACAAUUUUACACUCGGUUUCGAAUAUUUUUAGUUUGUCAUCUUUAACCAUCUGUGAUUCAAGUUUAUGUGUUUUAGUUCGCUCGCACAGUACUGUUGUGAAGACAAGUUUUCUGAAGUGUACCUUGGAAUAUAUUCACCCACGAUAUGAAUUGCAAAACGGUCAUUUUCUUAGCUUGUUUCCAAUGCCUGUGCUUAGUUCAACCGAAAGAAGCUUUAUUUGUGAACCGAAAAAGUUUAAGUGAAAAUAUCCAGGAUGGACUUGUGUUCGCUGGAAAAAUAUUUGGUAUCGACCAUGCAUCAGAGAUUGCUGAUAUGGUUGCGAAUACAUUUUCCAACAAAUCAAAACAACAUAAAUACCAAAAUCGGCAAGAUGAUCCAGGCGAUUACAAUAAUCACAACACAUUGAUGAUAUCCAAUAUUCUUCAAUUAAUUGGGUUAGACUCAGCGAAAAUUGGAGCGUUAGCAGUUAAUGGCAUUAUUUUUAUAGCGCAAGUGAUCGGCCGAUCGUUAGUUGCGUCAUUCACAGACAAAUUUACUGCUAAAGAAGACACCACCGAGUCACCACCACCUUCAGCGCGUAAAUUAAGCGACGGAUCACCACUCGAUUGGUUUCUUCAAAUUAAAUCGCCCAUUCUAACCAAUACGAUGAACGAGUUGCGAAACUCUAGCCUUCCGGAAAGGCUGGUGGAUAUGUUUGAAGAGAAAGAUGGCAAUACAGAUUGCAUUAAAUUGCUUGUAUGCAAAAUGUCCCCGCUUAUAUGGGGCAUGCAGAGAGCAUGUAACGCUACUAUAGAACCGGAAGAACAAACGGAUGAAAUUGAUGUUGGGAUUAAUGGUAAAGGAUUGAAUAGUUUCUAUAAAUAUUUGCCGGAUAUGCAAGAGUUUUCUACGCACGGUGAUGCGUGUGAGUCUAGGUACGAUGGGUGUAAAGUUGCGCCGCCCUAUUGACUAGGGAAAUUGACACUUAAUCGCCAAUUUCCACGGAAAUUUGUGUCUGUUCACUUACAAGCAAAUUAACUUUUCCUUUUUUGUCUGCAAAUUUUUAUUUUCAGUUAUGCGAUUACUACACGCGCAUUCGUCUCGUUUGACGA